AUGGAGGAACUCUGCAGUCUGAACGGUCUGGAUCCUCUCUGGGACUGGAACGUCACAUGGUACACUCCCCAUCCUGACCUGACUCGGUGUUUCCAGCACACGGUCCUGGUCUGGCUCCCUUGUGUUUACCUGUGGACCUGUUCUCCUCUCUAUGUGCUCUACCUGCAGCUCCGCCCACUAUGCGGCGUCAUUCCUCUCUCCAGACUCUGCUGCAGUAAGACGCUCCUGGCACUGACCCUGGCCUCCUUUGGUCUUCUGGAGAUCUUUUACAUCCUGGUUAGGCAGAACGAGGAGAUACAGAAGCAUCUCUUGAUCCUGAUUGGUCCACUGAUCAGGAGCCUCACUCUGGUUCUCUCCGUGGCGAUCCUUCAGGUGGAGCGUCUGAAAGGCUGCCGAUCCUCAGUGCUCCUCUUCCUGUUCUGGACGCUGAUGGUCCUCUGUUCCCUGUUCCCUCUGAAGGCCAACAUCCAGCAGAUUAUUGAUCAGGGAUUUUUAUCUGAUGCUGUUCGAUUCAUCGCCUUCUUCUUCUGUUUCUCUCUCCAACUCAUCGAGCUCAUCCUCAGCUGCUUCAACGAUCACAGAACACUUUCACAGACUCGCACCUGUCACCAGAACCACUGUCCGGAGGAAGACGCCUCUUUUCUUUCUCGUUUUUUCUUCUUCUGGUUCAGCAGUUUGAUGCUUCGGGGUUACCAACACCCCCUAGAGGCUGCUGACUUGUGGCGUUUAAGGGAAGAGGACUCCUCAGAGAGCAUCAUGACUGGCCUGGAGGAUUUCUGGAGUCAGAACCGCAAAAAGCUGCUGUACGACAGUAAUUCUGAAAUGGUAGAAUCAGGGUCUGGACCUCCUCCCUCAACUGAGAAGACUGUUCUGCUAAUGAAGCCCAGAAAGGGACAGGGCCAUGGCCCCUUCCUUCUGCAUGCUCUGUGGCGAAGCUUCGGGUUCUACUUCCUGUGUGGGACCGUGAGUCUGGUUCUCCAUGACGCUGUAAUGUUCACCGUCCCCCAGGUGCUCAGCUUGCUGCUUGGCUUCAUGCAUGAUGCAGAUGCUGAGAUGUGGAAAGGCUUCCUGUUUGCCUCGCUGCUCUUCCUGCUGUCCUGCCUCCAGUCAGUGCUAAACCAUCAGUACCUGUUUCACUGUUUCACUGUGGGCAUGAGGCUGAAGACCGCCAUCAUGGGUGUGGUCUACAGGAAGUGCCUGGUCAUCAGCAGUGCGGCACGGCUCAGCUGCUCAGUCGGUGAGGUCAUCAAUCUGGUGUCAGCUGACUGUCAAAAGCUCAUGGACUUUGUGGUUUUUUGUAACAGCCUAUGGAUCGCUCCCAUCGAGAUUACACUGUGCUUCUACUUCCUGUGGCAGCUCCUGGGUCCAUCAGCUCUGGCUGGUAUAGUGGCUGUUCUUCUGAUCUUCCCAUUGAACGGAGUCAUUGCUAAAAUCCGAAGCAAACUGCAGGAGGUUCAGCUGAAGUUCAUGGACAAUCGCAUCAAACUGAUGAGUGAGAUUCUGGGUGGCGUUAAGAUCCUCAAGUUUUACGCCUGGGAGGAGGCAUUCCUACGACGAGUUCUGGUCCUGAGGGAUGGAGAACUCAAUGCAUUGAAGAAAUCUCAGAUUCUCCACUCCAUUUCUCUGUCCUCCUUCAACUCCUCCUCAUUUCUUAUUGCCUUGUCUGUGUUUGGAGUUUACGUGAUGAUGGAUGAACAGAAUGUUUUAGAUGCUCAGAAAAUCUUUGUAUCCAUGGCUCUCAUCAACAUUUUAAAGACUCCACUAAGUCAGCUUCCCUUUGCCAUGAGCACCACCAUGCAGGCUGUCAUCUCAAUCAGACGUCUGGAAAACUUCCUUGGCCAAGAAGAACUGAAGUCUGAGAAUGUGGACAGAGUUCCUUAUAGCACAAGUGGUGACGGUGUGGUGGUCCAGGGCGGGUUCUUCUCCUGGACAGAUGAUGGUCCACCAUGUCUGCAGAGGAUUAAUGUGAACAUGAAAACAGGCUCCCUGGUGGCGGUGGUCGGCCAUGUUGGCUCAGGGAAGUCAUCACUGCUGUCAGCCAUGUUGGGCGAGAUGGAGAAGAGGAGCGGAUUUGUCUCCAUCAAGGGUUCGGUGGCCUAUGUCCCCCAACAGGCCUGGAUUCAGAACGCCUCUCUGAAGGAUAACAUCCUGUUUGGCGGAGACAGGAAGGAGGGCUGGUACCAUCGUGUUUUGGAGGCAUGUGCUCUGCUACCAGACCUCGACAUCCUGCCUGCCGGAGACAGCACAGAGAUUGGGGAGAAGGGUCUGAACCUCUCUGGGGGGCAGAAGCAGAGGGUGAGCCUAGCUCGGGCUGUCUACAGGAGGUCAGAUGUUUACCUUCUUGAUGACCCUCUAUCAGCUGUCGACGCUCACGUGGGACAGCACAUCUUUGAUCGAGUCAUUGGACCCAGAGGACUCCUCAAAGAUAAGACAAGGGUGCUGGUAACUCAUGGACUCAGCUUCUUGUCCAAAGUGGACCUGGUUCUGGUCAUGGAUCAGGGCCAGAUCUCAGAGGUGGGAUCAUACGUGGACCUGAUGGAACAAAAAGGAGCCUUCGCCAAAUUUGUCCACACUUUUAGUGUAUCCAUGAACAGAGAGAGCGCCGCCCCAAAAGACAAGACCAGAAGAAAGUCGAUGUCUUGGCUCAGUAUGACAGAUUUCUCCAUUGACCUCUCUCAGGAACAGCUGAUCAGCUGUGACAUGGGCAGUGUUCAGGUCAUGGACGCUGUCCACCUUGAUGCCGAGGAUGCUGGGAAACUGACAGAAGUUGAUAAAGCUCACACAGGGAGGGUGAAGCUUCAGGUGUACCGAGAGUACUUCAGGACGGUUGGCCUCACCUUCAUCAUGACCAUCAUCUUCCUCUGUGCCUUCCAGCAGGCUGCCUCAUUGGCCUACAGCUAUUGGCUGAGCCUAUGGGCUGAUGAGGCACCUGUGAACGGUACACAGAGGGACCAUGAACUGAAACUCAGCGUGUUUGCAGCUCUGGGCUUUACACAGGGGUUGGCUAUGUUUGGAACGACCCUUGCCAUCGCUAUGGGUGGUAUUUUGGCAUCGCGUCACCUUCACUCUGACCUUCUUCGUGGCGUUCUCCACUCACCCAUGUCUUUCUUUGAGAUGACGCCCAGUGGAAACCUCCUGAACCGUUUCUCCAAAGAGAUUGAUGCCAUAGACUGCAUGAUCCCUGAUGGACUGAAGAUGAUGCUAGGCUACCUGUUCAAGCUCCUGGAGGUCUGCAUCAUCCUGCUGUUAGCCACGCCCUUCUCCGGGCUGGUGCUCCUCCCUAUCACCUUCGUCUAUAUCUUCAUCCAGAAUUUCUAUGUGGCUUCAUCAUGUCAGCUACGACGGUUGGAGGCUGUGAGUCGCUCUCCAAUCUACAGCCACUUCAACGAGACGGUGCAGGGCGCUGGGGUCAUCAGAGCUUUUGGCGAACAGCAGCGCUUCAUCCAGCAGGCUAACCGCCAUGUGGACAACAACCAGGAGGCUUAUUUUCCUCGCUUUGUGGCCACCAGAUGGCUGGCAGUGAAUCUGGAGUUUUUGGGGAAUUUGUUGGUUCUGGCUGCAGCCAUGCUGUCGGUCCGAGGCCGGGAGGAACUCAGCCCAGGCAUCGUUGGAUUGGCCGUUUCUCACUCUCUCCAGGUGACAGGGAUUCUGAGCUGGAUUGUUCGAUCGUGGACGGAUGUGGAGAACAACAUCGUGUCAGUGGAACGAGUGAAAGAGUACGAGUCCACUCCCAAAGAGGCACCAUGGACCCUUGAGGGUGUUCUGCUGCCCACUUCCUGGCCGAGCACAGGAAACAUCCAGUUUGAAGAUUAUGGCCUCCAGUACCGCAAAGGUUUGGAGUGGGCUUUGAACAACAUCUCCGUGGACAUACGGGAUGGAGAAAAGGUCGGGAUUGUUGGGAGGACUGGAGCUGGGAAGUCUUCUUUGGCUUUGGGAAUCUUUCGGAUUCUAGAGGCAGCAAAAGGACGGAUAUUAAUCGAUGGUAUCAACAUAGCUCAGAUCGGCCUCCAUGAUCUUCGCUCCAGAAUCACCAUUAUUCCUCAGGAUCCUGUUCUGUUUUCAGGCUCCCUGAGGAUGAACCUUGAUCCCUUUGAUUCCUGUUCUGAUAAGGAUCUGUGGAAAGUUCUGGAACUGGCUCAUCUGGGCAGCUUUGUGUCAGCGCUACCCCAAAAACUGAACCAUCAGUGCUGUGAAGGAGGAGAGAACCUCAGUCUCGGCCAGCGGCAGCUUCUGUGUUUGGCCCGAGCUCUCCUGAGGAAGACCAGGAUUCUGGUUCUGGAUGAAGCCACAGCAGCAUUGGACCUAAAGACAGACCAGCUGAUCCAGUCGACCAUACGCACCCAGUUUCAGGACUGUACAGUCCUGACCAUCGCUCAUCGCCUCAACACCAUCAUGGAUUACAGCAGGGUCAUUGUCAUGGACCGUGGCUCCAUUGCAGAGAUGGACUCUCCCUCUCAGCUGCUCCACCUCCAUGGUCACUUCUAUCAGAUGUGUGUUGAGGCUGGUUUAGUCUGA